AUGCCCCUCCGAUCCUCACCUAACAUCGAUGGCCUACUCGCAUUGACGGGCAUCGCAUCUGCCGAACCAGCUGCCAAGUCACCUGUGCUACACUGCUCAGUCAAAGCAAAGACAAAACCCGCCGCAGCUCGUUUGCCCAAGUCAAAACGACCCAGCAAACCACAGGCACCGCAAGCAAAAUCCACCACCACCAUGGACCCCACCUUCUACCGCACGCCCGCCGACGCCAUGGCCGCCCCAGCCGAGCAGCUCGCCUACGUCGCCGGCUUCGAUCCCGCGCACAAGCACGAAGACGCCGUCUUCGUCGUCGACCUCGACCGGGCCUCGGCCACCUACGGCCGCGCCGUCCACAAGACCAACGUCCCCGCCGGCAGCGAGCUGCAUCACUUCGGCUGGAACGCGUGCUCGAGCGCCCUGAAGCACUGCGGCCACGGCCACGGCCCCGCCGCCGCCUCCCUCCAGCGUCGCUACCUCAUCGUGCCUGGCCUGCGCUCCUCCGACAUCUUCGUCCUCGACACCGCGCCCGACCCUCGCGCGCCGGUGCUCGUUAAGACCGUGGCCGCCGCCGAGCUCGCCGACAGGGCCGGCUACUCGCGCCCCCAUACGGUGCACUGUGGGCCGGCCGGCGUCUUCGUGACGUGCUUGGGGGGCAGUGACAGGGGCAGGGGCGGUGGUGAGGGUGCCACCGAUGAUGGUAAAGCAGAAGGACAAGAAGCAGAAGAAGAGAAAGAAGCGAAAGAAGCAGCCGGGCAGCCAUUGCCAGGAGGCAUCGCACUGCUCGACCACGACACGUUCGACGUCUUGCGCGCGUGGGAGACGGCGCGCGGCCCCCAGCGCUUCCAUUACGACGCAUGGUGGCAUCUCAACCGCAACACGCUCGUGUCGAGCGAAUGGGGCGCGCCGUCCAUGAUCGAGGCCGGGCUGGUGCCCGAGCUGCUGCUGGCGAACCGGUACGGCCACGCGCUGCACUUUUGGGACCUGCGCGAGGGGCGGCACGUCCAGCGCGUCGAGCUCGGCGAGGAGCAUCAGAUGGUGCUGGAGGUCAGGCCGUCGCACGAUCCUGAGGCGACGUGGGGGUAUGUUGGCGUGGUGGUGUCGACCAAGGACUUGUCUGGGUCGGUGUGGCGGUGGUAUCUGGACGAGGGGAAAGAGGACGAGGGGAAGAAAUGGAAGGUCGAAAAGGUCAUCACCAUCCCAGCGCAGAAGGUCGAGGAUGCGAGCAAGCUGCCGCCUCUGCUGCAGCCGUUUGGCGGCCCGGUGCCUCCUAUCAUCACGGAUAUCGAUUUGUCUGUCGACGACCGCUACCUCUACGUGUCUUGCUGGGUCACCGGAGAGCUGAAGCAGUACGAUGUCAGUGAUCCAAAGCACCCCAAGGAGACUGGUAGCGUUCGCCUGGGCGGGGUCAUCGACCCAUCGGCGCAUCCGUCGCGGCCAAACGAACCACUGGGAGGCGGCCCGCAGAUGGUAGAGGUUAGCCGCGAUGGGCGUCGUAUCUACCUCACCAACUCGUUGUACUCAUCCUGGGACGACCAAUUCUACCCGGACGGUGUGGGAGCGUGGAUGGUAAAGGUAGACGUGCUUCCGGGCGGAGGAAUGGAGGUAGACAAGGACUUUUUUCUCGGCGCAGACGCUUUUGAAGGGUUGAGGGUGCAUCAAAUUCGUCUACAAGGAGGGGACGCUUCAACAGAUUCCUACUGCUACCGCUCAGAAGUGCGGGCGAACGCUUGA